AUGUACGUAUUUACCGCGGUAUUCGCACAAAUUGUUCUCAGUGAAAAGUUUCAUGACUUACCCAAGUUCAAGUCAUCAACCAAAUUCUUUGACCAAAGCGAUGCAACCAUUCCAUCCUCCCAGGUCAACUACACCCAUAACUUUGGGUUAAAAAGUAGGUAUUCGUGGAAGGAUGUUUUGGAACAACUUGAUGAAAAUAACAAGUUGUUUUUUAUCAUUAGACACGCCGCCGGUGUCCACCAAUGUAACACGCCGUCAAUUGACUGGACAUGUUACUGGCAAACCAUUGAUGGGUACGAUGGUCAAGUUUGGGCGGACGCUUUAUUGACUCAAGAAGGUGUUACUCAAAGCAAGGCGCUUUCUGAGUCAAUAAAGUUUACUGAUCAGUUUCCAUACCCAGAUCAUCACUACUCAAGUCCAUUGAGAAGGACAUUGCAAACUUGGAAUUACGUUUGGGGAGAUUUGGUGAGUCAGGGUCCGACUAUCAAAGAGUUUGCAAGGGAAACUUAUGGCAUUCAAACAGAGAGCAAACGUCACCCUAAAGCCUAUAUUCAAGCCCACUGGCCGUAUGUGAAUUUUGAAGCAGGUUUCACUGAUAUUGAUGAAUUGUGGUCGAAUACAACUCGUGAAACUGGUCAACAUCGCAAAUACAGGGCUGCUAGCUUGUUGAGUGACAUCUUCGAAUUGAGUAAAGAGGACAAGGUUAUUGGUCUAGUUUCUCAUUCUGGUUUAAUUGGGUCUAUAUUGAAAGUGGUUGGGCAUCGUGAAUACCCAGUGGAUAAUGCGAAACUCAUCCCAGUAUUGAUUCAUAAGAAGAAACACAAGACAAAGAAGUACAAGUCAAAUCACCCCGAUAAAACAUUUGAGGAUAUCUGCCCAAACAAACCAUCGCAAAUAACUCAAGGUCCUGAAUUGACUUGUAGCGCAGCACCAUUUGAUUCAGAAGCCAGCGCUAGUUUUUAG